AUGGGGUCCAGGCCUGACGUCAAUGUGGGGUGUGUGCCCAAGAAGGUGAUGUGGAACGCGGCCACCCACGCCGAGCUCAUCCACGACCACCCCGACUACGGCUUCGAAACGCCCGGCGUCAGGUUCUGCUGGAGAACCAUCAAAGAGAAGCGUGAUGCCUACGUCAGGCGCCUGAACCAGAUCUACGAGGGCAACGUCAAGAAGGCUCACAUUGACAUCAUUCGGGGCUACGGGAGCUUCACCGCCGACCCCCAACCCACCGUCCUGGUGGAGGGGAAGAAGUACACGGCUCCUCACAUCCUCAUCGCCACGGGAGGGCGUCCGGCCAGGCGCAGCGUGGUGGUGGGUGCAGGAUACAUCGCGGUGGAGAUGGUGGGAAUCCUUUCCACUCUGGGCUCCAAAUCGUCCCUGCUGAUCCGCCAGGACAAGGUCCUGAGGACUUUUGACUCCCUGAUCAGCUCGAACUGCACCCAGGAGCUGGAGAACAGCGGGGUGGAUGUCUGGAAGCACACACAGGUCAAGAGGGUCACCAAGUCCCCGUCUGGGCUGCUGGAUGUGACAGUGACCUCCUCGGUGCCCGGGCACAAGCCGGUGGAGGGAGUGAUCCGGGAUGUUGACUGUCUGCUGUGGGCUGUGGGGAGGGAGCCCAACACCCAGGAGCUGUGCCUGGACCAAGUGGGCGUGCAGGUGGAUGCCAAGGGCCACGUGGUGGUGGACGAGUACCAGAACACCACCAGGAGCGGGAUCUACGCCGUUGGGGACGUCUGUGGGAGAGCCCUUCUCACGCCAGGUGCCGUGGCCGUGCCCCCCUCCUCAGCCCCUGGGCAG